GCGGUGACGAAGUGAUCCUACGCCCGGCUGUCUCUAUGUUCUAUCCAAAUUUCUCCAGCAUGGCGACUCAAAAGCCUGUCGAGUGGGUCUCAUCGCUCAUCAUAAGAUUCGAGGAACAGUUGCCAUGUCGGACAGGCCCCCAGACCCAACACUCACGGUUCAAUGUGGAACAGAACAAGGAAUGUCUCAUACAGAUCAGCAGAUACAAGUUUUCCCUAGUCAUCUCCGGCCUUUACAAGAUCUUACAGAAAGUCAAUGAGAUGCGACCCCAUGGCCCAGACUUCGAGAAGAACUACUACGAGUCACUACUGAUUGUUUUAGACACCCUGGAGAAGUGCCUGUCUUCCCAGCCAAAAGAUACAACUAGAGAUGAAGCAAUGAAUGUGAAACUCCUCUUAAGGGAAACUUGUCAGUUUAUUGAUCUACCAAAUAAUGAUCCUAUGGUAGUUCAGCUAAAGAAUUUGGCAUCUAAAGUGCUGUUUGCUCUAAGCCUCAACAACUUCAAUGCUGUUUUCAAUCGAAUAUCUGUGAGAUUACAAGAACUAAGUACAAGUAGUACAGAAGAAAAUCCGGAUUAUAGUGAUAUUGAGUUAAUACAGCACAUUAAUGUUGAUGUAAACAGACUCAUCAAGCUUCUAAAUGAAACCAUUCAGAAAUUUCGAAGUUUACGGAAGAAUGCUCAAAUAGUGCUUAUGAACUCAUUGGAAAAAGCGAUAUGGAAUUGGAUGGAUACAUACCCAAAUGAGUUUGCUGAUCUGCAGAAACGACGGAAUGAAGAUUUAGCGAAGUGUUGUGAGAUUAUGUUUGAACAUCUGGACAGCUUUACAGAAAACAAUAAAAGAAGAGCUGCUGUUUGGCCCUUGCAAAUUAUGUUGUUAGUUCUCUCACCUAAAGUUUUAGAAGAAAUAGUGAAUGCAGAUGCUGGUGCUCCAUGUUCGCAGAGGCAUUUCAAAAAGAAGCAGUUCAUUGACCAGUUGAAAAAGGCUUUGGUGCCUCACAACAUAAGUAGACAUCUAACUGAAGCAGCAGCUGUCACCUGUGUAAAGCUGUGCAAGAUUGCAACUUAUAUUAAUAUCAACGAUUCAAACAAUGUUGUUUUUGUAUUAGUGCAAAGUGUGAUUAGUGAACUUAAGAAUUUGCUCUUCAACGUUGUGAAACCAUUCUCCCGUGGCCAAGCAUACAUUUGCCAAGAUGUAGAUUUAAUGAUCGACUGUUUUGUGUCCCUGUUCCGCAUCCUCCCACACAACAACGAGGCUCUCAAAGUCUGCCUUAAUCCAAAUUCCCAGUCAACUUACCAUUUUGUGUUGGUCAGCUCUCUUUACAGAAUAAUCACACAACCAAGACUGCCUUGGUGGCCACAAAUUGACAUUGUAUAUAACAAGUCGAGUGAGCUGAGGUCAAUGUUCACUGAUACUCUGAACAAGGUCACACAAGGUUGCAUCUCUCACACUCCUCUAAGGAUGAUUCAUGGUCUAACACUGAAAGAGAAAGUGAUACCUCUGAAGUUCAAGGAAAAAUCCUCAGAUGAAGCUCCAUCUUACAAGAAUCUGCUGCUGUGGAUGGUUCGCCUGAUUCACGCAGAUCCUAUGCUUAUGCUGAAUAAUCAAGGCAAAGCUGGUCAUGAGAUCCAGAGUUCUACGCUUGAGCUCAUCAAUGGCUUGGUGUCAUUAGUUCAUAAUCCCUCAAUGCCUGAUGUUGCUGCUGAAGCCAUGGAGGCAUUGCUUGUGCUUCAUCAGCCGGAGAAGAUUGAGAUGUGGAAUCCCGAAGCUCCCAUCAAUACAUUUUGGGAUGUCAGUUCACAGGUGCUGUUCUCCAUAUCCCAGAAGCUUAUUCAGCAUCAGAUUGUCAACUACACAGAGAUUCUCAAAUGGUUGCGGGAUAUCUUGGUUUGUCGUAAUGCCUUCCUUCUUCGCCACAAGGAUUACGCCAAUUGCAAUAUUGGUGCUCAUAUAGCUAUUUGCAAACAAGCCCAUAUCAAACUAGAGGUUGUGUUCCUAAUGUACCUGUGGAGCAUAGACAUGGAUGCUGUGCUAGUUGCUAUGUCAUGCUUUAGUUUGCUGUGCGAAGAAGCGGAUAUUAGGUGUGUGUGGGAUGAGGUCACAGCAACAGUUACCUACCUGUUACCAAACUAUCAUGUCUACCAGGAGUUAGCUUCUGCCUCUACCGUCCUCACAACAGGCAGGGCUGCCCUCCAAAAACGAAUCAUGGGUUUACUUCGGAAGAUUGAGAAGUGGACGCCUGGUUGCCUGCAGGCUUGGGAGGACACUUUUAUUAAUUGGGAAAACUCCACAAAGAUGUUAGUUUCUUAUCCAAAAGCAAAACUAGAGGAGGGCCAAAUAUCAGACAGCUUCCACCGCACUGUGUAUAGGAGGAGAGCUUCACACCAGAGUACAGAACAUGAGCUUGAGAUACAGGACCAAGUAAAUGAGUGGGCUAAUAUGACUGGGUUCCUCUGCGCUUUGGGCGGAGUGUGUUUGCUAGGGAAGUCCCCUUCGCGGCAGCAAGGUGUAAGCUCAAACCUCACUAGUGAUGUAAGAAAACCAGCAGUUUUACCCAAUACCAACCAGGAUAUGCUCUACUGUCCAGUCACACAGUUUGUUGGGCACCUCCUCAAGCUCUUAGUCUGUAACAAUGAGAAGUUUGGAACCCAGAUUCAGAAGCAUGUGAAGGAGUUGGUUGGCCAUGAGAUGUCACCUUUGUUGUAUCCAAUUCUUUUUGACCAAAUCAAGGUCAUUGUGGAUAAGUUCUUUGACCAACAAGGCCAGGUUAUUGUAAGUGAACUAAACACUCAAUUCAUUGAACACAUAAUAUUCAUUAUGAAGAAUGUUUUGGAAAACAAGACCGAUCAUCCAUCUGAGCAUCUUGGUGUUACAUCAAUCGAACCUAUGAUGUUAGCUAUUGUGAGAUAUGUCCGUCAUCUAGACACCACAGUGCACACGUUGCACAUCAAGACUAAACUGUGUCAGUUAGUGGAGGUGAUGAUGCAAAGGAGAGAUGACCUGGCCUUCAGACAAGAGAUGAAGUUCCGCAACAAGAUGGUAGACUAUCUGACAGAUUGGGUCAUGGGAAAUUCUCACCAAAUUGCUCCUCCAGGAACAAUAGAUGUUGCCACUGUUUCAAACAUGUACAUGCAAUAUGAUAUCACGGGAUGUUGUCGAGACCUUGAUCAAGCAUGCAUGGAGGCAGUAGCUGCCCUCUUACGGGGGCUGCCACUCCAGCCAGAGGAAAGUGACCGUGGGGAUCUGAUGGAGGCAAAAUCUCAGCUCUUUCUUAAAUAUUUUACCCUUUUCAUGAACCUCUUGAAUGACUGUAUGGAAGCUCAGGAAGUCGAGAAGGAUGUUGCACGGCAGCGGGUGCAGCCAGGUAAACUUUCAACACUGCGUAAUGCAACUAUCCAAGCUAUGUCAAAUCUGUUGUCAGCUAAUAUUGACUCUGGCCUGAUGCAUUCCAUUGGACUAGGGUAUCACAAAGAUUUACAAACUCGAGCAGCAUUCAUUGAGGUGUUAACAAAGAUUCUUCAGCAAGGCACAGAAUUUGAUACCCUAGCAGAGACUGUGCUUGCGGAUCGGUACGAGCAGCUGGUGCAGUUAGUGACAAUGAUUGGAGACAAAGGAGAACUACCGAUAGCUAUGGCUCUGGCAUCUGUUGUUGUUACGCCACAAAUGGAUGAGCUAGCACGUGUGUUUGUGACAUUAUUUGAUGCCAAGCACUUGCUUUCCCCAUUACUCUGGAAUAUGUUUUACAAGGAAGUUGAAGUAUCUGACUGUAUGCAGACUCUCUUUAGAGGCAACUCUCUUGGAAGCAAGAUAAUGGCAUUUUGCUUCAAGAUCUAUGGAGCAUCUUAUCUGCACAAUCUCCUAGAACCCUUAAUACGGCCGUUAAUGGACGACGUUACCCAUUCCUAUGAAGUUGAUACUGGAAGAUUAGAUCCAUCAGAGAAUGUAGAAGAGAAUAGGAGAAACCUUAUAGCACUUACACAGAAAGUCUUUGGUGCUAUCAUUUGCUCUUCAGACAACUUUCCACCUCAGCUACGAAGCAUGUGUCACUGCCUAUACCAAGUCUUAAGCAAAAGAUUUCCUCAGUUCCCACAAAAUAAUAUUGGUGCUGUGGGUACUGUAAUAUUCCUCAGAUUUAUAAAUCCUGCUAUUGUAUCCCCCUGUGAGACUGGCAUCCUGGACAGUCAGCCAUGCGGACAAGUGAAACGAGGGCUGAUGCUUAUGUCCAAGAUCCUGCAGAACAUUGCCAACCAUGUAGAAUUCAGCAAAGAGCAGCACAUGCUCCCCUUCAACGACUUCCUGAGGCAGCACUUUGAAGGGGCAAGAAGGUUCUUCAUCCAGAUUGCUAGUGAUUGCGAGAGUGUGGAACAGACCAGCCAUAGCAUCUCAUUCAUCAGUGAUGCUAAUGUGCAUGCUCUUCAUAGAUUACUGUGGAAUCAUCAGGAAAAGAUAGGGGAAUAUCUGUCGAGCAGUCGGGACCAUAAAGCAGUUGGCAGAAGACCAUUUGACAAAAUGGCUACGUUGCUAGCAUACUUGGGACCACCUGAGCACAAACCCAUUGAUUCUCAAUGGAGUAGCAUGGACAUGACAAGCACAAAGUUUGAAGAGAUUAUGUCCAAGCACAACAUGCAUGAGAAAGACGAGUUCAAGUCCAUUAAGACGCUAAACAUUUUUUAUCAAGCCGGAACAUCUAAAGCUGGCAAUCCUGUGUUUUACUACAUUGCCAGAAGAUACAAAAUUGGAGAGACGAAUGGCGAUCUUCUCAUAUACCAUGUGAUACUCACUCUCAAACCCAUUUGCCGAAAGCCUUUUGAACUCGUUGUGGAUUUCACUCACACUUGCGCAGAUAAUAGAUUCAGAACGGAAUUCCUGCAAAAGUGGUUUGUAGUGUUACCCGAGGUUGCAUAUGAGAAUAUCCAUGCUGCCUAUAUCUACAAUGCCAAUUCCUGGGUGAGAGAGUACACAAAAUAUCAUGACAGAAUCUUGGCACCCUUAAAGGGUCACAAGAAACUGAUUUUCUUGGACGCACCAGCACGGUUAAAUGACUACAUUGAGCCUGACCAACAGAAACUACCAGGGGCAACUACUUCCUUAGAUGAGGAUCUCAAAGUCUUCAAUAAUGCACUCAAAUUGUCUCAUAAAGACACAAAAGUUGCAAUUAAAGUGGGUCCUUCAGCAAUCCAGGUAACCUCAGCAGAGAAGACCAAAGUGUUGUCCCAUUCUGUACUUCUCAAUGAUGUUUACUACGCUUCAGAGAUUGAAGAGGUUUGUCUUGUGGAUGACAACCAAUUCACCCUGACCAUUGCAAAUGAAUCUGGACCCCUGUCAUUCAUUCAUAAUGACUGUGACAGUAUUGUCCAAGCUAUUAUUCAUAUCAGAGCAAGAUGGGAACUUUCUCAGCCAGACUCAGUAACUGUGCACCAGAAGAUUCGGCCAAAGGAUGUUCCAGGCACUCUGCUCAAUAUGGCGCUACUAAACCUGGGUUCCUUAGACCCCAACCUGAGAACAGCAGCUUACAAUCUCCUUUGUGCUCUCACUGCCACCUUUGACUUGAAAAUUGAAGGACAGCUAUUAGAAACUUCAGGGUUGUGCAUUCCAUCCAAUAACACCAUCUUCAUCAAGAGUGUCAGUGAGAAGUUGGCAGCUAAUGAGCCUCACCUGACGCUAGAGUUCCUGGAGGAGUGCAUACAGGGCUUCAGGGCUUCCAGCAUCGAACUCAAGCAUUUGUGUCUUGAGUACAUGACGCCAUGGCUGCCCAAUCUUACAAGGUUUUGCAAUCAUCCUGAUGACAAGAAGCGUGCUAAGGUUGCCAUGAUUCUAGACAAGCUCAUAACUCUGACCAUUGAAGAGGUUGAGAUGUACCCAUCCAUACAGGCCAAGAUAUGGGGUAACAUAGGACAGGUGUCAGAGCUAAUAGAUAUGGUGCUCGAUUCCUUCAUUAAGCGGUCGGUGACUGGAGGACUAGGAUCGGGGCAAGCUGAGAUUAUGGCUGACACAGCUGUUGCUUUAGCCUCAGCUAAUGUUGCUUUAGUGGCAAGAAAAGUCAUAGGACGGCUUUGUCGGGUGAUAGACAAGACAUGCACUUCCCCCACAUCUACGCUGGAGCAGCAUUUGAUGUGGGACGACAUAGCCAUCCUGGCACGCUAUUUGCUCAUGCUCUCAUUUAAUAACUGCCUGGAUGUAGCACGCCACUUACCGUACCUGUUUCACAUCAUAACUUUCCUGGUGUGCACUGGGCCACUCAGCAUGAGGGCCUCAACACAUGGCCUAGUUAUCAACAUAAUUCACUCACUGUGUACCUGUACUAAACCCUCAUUUUCUGAAGAAACCCAGAGAGUUCUUCGAUUAUCACUGGACGAAUUCUCCCUGCCCAAGUUUUACCUUUUGUUUGGAAUCAGUAAAGUGAAAUCUGCUGCAGUCACUGCAUUCAGAUCUUCAUACAGACACACAGGAGAGAGGGGACUAAGAUUAGUGCCAGAUCGUAGUCUAUCCUGUGGAAUGGGUGACCGAGAAAGACUCUCUCUCCAGUCAUUAGAAACAAUCACUGAUGCACUGCUUGAAAUAAUGGAAGCAUGCAUGCGAGAUAUUCCAGACUGUGAUUGGUUGCAAGCGUGGACUGGCCUUGCUAAGAAUUUUGCAUUCCAGUAUAAUCCAGCUCUUCAGCCAAGGGCCCUUAUUGUGUUUGGAUGUAUUAGUAAGAGUGUGGUUGACCAGGACAUCAAACAGCUACUGCGCAUCUUGGUAAAGGCAUUAGAGAGCUUCUCUGAUAUAACCCUUAUCGAUUCAAUCAUAAUGUGCCUCACGCGUCUUCAACCACUGCUAAGACCGGAGUCUGCCAUUCAUCAAGCCUUGUUUUGGGUGGCUGUAUCUGUAUUGCAGUUAGAUGAAGUGUCACUGUAUGCUUCGGGUUUAGCUUUGCUGGAACAGAACUUACACACGCUGGAUUCUCAGGGAAUCUUUGAUAAUAAUCACAUAGACCAAAAUCUGGGCAUUAGGCUUACUUGGGUGGCAACUGUCCCAGCUUUAGGCAUGGCCCAGCAGAUAUGGGAUAUAAUUCAAUUUUCCACAACACACCCUGUGCCACCAGAAUUAGUGGGCAGGAAUAGGUGCCUGUCCUUAUACUUAGUGCCCUCUCUGGAGCUGUUCUUCUUUCAUGCAUUGUUCAUGAAUGGUACACUUCACCCUCGUUUCUCAGUGGCAUCUCUGGAAACCCUGGAGGUGGCUAAAGAUGCAUUUUGCAAUGAAGCUAAACCCUCAGAGUUUUUGGGGAUGCUGAUAACUGUGCGGAAGGCCAAAGCUAUACAUCUUCAAGGCAUUGAUGCUACCAGGACCAUGUAUCCAACCAACAGUUACACUGUGAGACUGGCAGAGGACAUCAGGCUCACUUCCCCAUGGAUGAUCCUGCCCACCAAGUUGUCUCCACCUGAGACAACCCCAGAUGGAGGAGGCCCAAGAGACAGCAUAGGAAGUCAUGAUUUGGGCAGUUUAAUCAGAUCUGUCAUGAAGUAUAAUGUUAGUUACAUGUUGGCUAGGAACCAGUUGCUUACUCACCUAACAGGUAAUGGUCCUGUUAGAUCAGUGAUGGGUGCGAUGGGUAUGCUAGGACCGCUGGGCAUGAUGCAGAAGCAGGGGAGUGCCCAACACCUGGUGAGCAGAGCCGAUCCCAAGACGUGGCACUCCCUUGACCUUGAUCCCCAUAACAUGAGACCACCACCUUUUAAAACCCAAAGGUCGUCCUCGAUGCCCACACCAAAGGGUGACAUGUCCCCUCCGGACAAGGACCGCAGCACCAGGGUCUCCGUCAGCAACGAAAACAAUAUCCUCUUGGACCCGGAGGUGCUGACAGAGUUCUCGACCCAAGCCCUCGUCCUCACUGUCUUGGCCACACUAGUGAAGUACACCACGGACGAGAAUGAGAUGAGAGUGCUGUACGAAUACCUGGCUGAGGCUUCAGUCGUCUUCCCCAAGGUCUUCCCUGUCAUCCACUCCCUUCUGGAUGCCAAGAUCACCUCGGUGCUGUCCUUGUGUCAUGAUGGUGUGAUCCUGAGUGCUGUUCAGUCUAUAAUUCAGAAUAUGGUAGCUUGUGAGGACCAAGGACACCAACAACUGCAUGCUCUUCAAAGCUGGGGAUUCGGAGGGCUGUGGAGAUUUGCUGGCCCAUUCACUAAGAGUAAUUGCACAGCAGAGAAUGCAGAAUUGUUUGUCAACUGCUUAGAAGCCAUGGUGGAGACUGCAUUACCAACAGAAGGAGAUGAGGGCUCGGAAAUGGAGUUGGCUCAGUAUCCAUCCAUGCUCUCCGUGGCAUCAGUUAACCUUUCCUCCUCAAUGUCCUCCCUAACUCUAGCUUCACCUACAGAAAAGGAGAUUGACGGGACGGAAGGUGCAGGUGCAUCACAGAAUCUUCCAUCGCAUCCUCCUGGUUCUCGUCCCAAGCCAGUUCUACCCAACCUAAUUGCCAAGCAGCGGUCAUUCAGGUGUAAGCUGUCAAACAAAAGCAAAUAGUGCUAGUUCCUUAUGUCUGUCUUGAACAUGUUUGGAGUCAUAGCCAGAAUUUGCUGUAGUGAAAGACAAGUCACAACAUUAUUUCAUAUAUUUUAUUGUAUUUAUUGAUUUUUUUUUUUUUUUUUUUUUUUUUUUUAAUUUUUUUUUUUCUCUCUCUCUUUUUUUUUUUUUUACCUCCCCAAAAAAUUAUGACAAUUCUGAUGGCUUCUGAUGUCACCACUUGGUAGUGAAAGUAAUGUUACUUCAAAAUUGACACUUGCAUACCCAGUUUUUUAAAUUGUGUUGGCAUAACACUGAUUUUUCCAACUGGAAAUUAAAGUAAACAAAUUGUGACAUGGCAGCUCUUAGCUAUAAAUGCAGUAAUAAUUGCCAAAAAUUGACAAGUAACUUGAUAUUGCUCUGUUUUAAUCUGAGAACUCAUCCAGUGAAAGGUUGUAACUCAGGUGUUAUUAGAAUGUCAUAUUCAUUAUCUAUUAGAAAGGUUUCGUGUAUGAUGUGAUUGUCCUCAAUGCCUCUUAGUUAACAGAAGAAAUGAUAGAGCAUUGUUUAAACCUGGAUGUAAAUGUUAGAUUAUAUGACCAUAGGAUAUAAUACACAAGUCCUAUUUUGUAGAAAACUAUGAUGGAUGUGAUAUAAGCUUGCUCCACAGACUGAGCCUGCAGUGGUUACUCACAUACUGGCUUGGGACAAUGUGAUACUUUCUUCAUUCAUGGCCAAAGGUAUACUAGAUAGUUGAUCUAGUUAUAUAAGUUAUUUUGGGUGUUUGUUGAGUGUUUAGCUUCCUUACCACCAUUAUGUGGGCCUGAGUAGAGGCUACUUUUAUCAAGAAAAUUUAAUGUCACACAUUGCUUAUUCCAAGUUAUGUUUGGCAAGUACAGUUGUGUGUCAGUGUGACUGCCAAGUUAAAUGUGAUCAAUCUGAUCCUCUUUUUCUAUGGAGAAAGAGCAGCUUGUCUGUACUAGGUACAUGAGUUCUGUAAAUAUAGCUUGCAGCUAAUUAAGGAAGGAAUAUCCUCAAUACUUUUGAAAUGUAACUACUUGUGACCUGUUCGUUGUUCUCUGCAGAUUGAGUUUGGACACCCAAGACAAGGGUAUUCACUAAUACCUUAAUUCAAGCCAUGUAAUGAAUGAGUUACAUAAGAAAAACAAUCAGUAUUGUAUUUUUUUGGCAGAUAAGUGAACUUUUGUACAAUAAUCUAAGUGUAAGUGUGAGAGUGGAAGAGAAAUGUAUGCAGAUGUAGAGAAAAAAAUAAACAAACUAGUAAUUCAGAAACUCAUGUUGAAUAACUGGCAUGUUUUAGCUUUUCAUGUUCAUCAGGCUAUUGAAUAUACACAAUGAGGGAUAUUCUACCAAGAAUGAUUCAGCAUGGAAUCACUUUUCUUGUGUGCAUACAGCUAUAAUCCAGAUCAGGCAGUGUUAGCUUUGUAAAAAAAAAAAGAAUUAAAAGGGAAAAAAAAAGAAAAAAAAAAAGAAAAAAAAGAAAAAAGAAAAAAAAAAAGCAUUAACAGUUCACAAUGGCUGUACACACUUAGGAAUUUAGCCUGUAGGUUUUUUCUUUUUUUUCUGUUGUUGUAUUUUUUCGUAUGUAUUUUUCAUUUUAAGCUUUAUGUCCACUUUUAUCAUUUUCGCAAGUGGUACCAAGUCCUUUGUGAUUGUAAGAGUCCCCCAGUUGUGCUGCUGGGUCUCUGCUGGACUUGGUAUUGUCAAACAGAUGUGAACUUCUGUUGAAACCAUAUUUGUUCAUUUGUUUUAUUAUUAUUAUCAUCAUCAUUAUCACAUCAUCAUCAUCAUCCUCAUCAAUGUCAUUAUCAUUAUCAUAAUCACUUUAUCAUCAUUGUCAUAACUUUAUGUAUUUGUAGUUUUAUGGUUAGGAAAUGCGGUAAUACAUAGAUUUCCUUUCCUGUGAGAAGUUUAUAUUCAGUGUCUGUUAAAGACUAUAGCACAAGUUAUAAUUCAUUCAAAUCGUGUUACAUUAUACUUGUUUUUUAUAUAUGGAGUAUUAUGGUUUUCAUGCUCGGUGAACUUUUCUGAUUUUGUUGCUGUCAUUUUCAUGAUUGUGAUUGUUAUAAUAAAUAAUGAUGAUAUUGUUACUGUUGCUGUUAUUAUUAUUAUUAUUAUUAUCUUUUCUGUUAUUAUUAUUAUCAUCAUUAUUGUUGUUACUUUUAUUAUCAUUAUUUUUAUUAUUUCCGUUAUUAUUACCGUAACUGUUUUCUAUAUUGUCAACGUUGUCGUCAUCAUCAUCAUCAUCAUCAUCAUCAUCAUCAUCAUCAUCAUCAUCAUCAUCAUCAUCAUCAUCAUCAUCAUCAUCAUCAUUACUGACAUUGACAUUGUCACUAUCAUCAUCACUCACU